UUUAACAGAAGACUGAACUAUUCCUUUAAGAGACAUACUGGAGUCCUUGUCUCCAGCAGUGAGCGAUAAGGUGUGGCGAGGUCACCUGACAGCAUCAGUAUGUCGCUCAGAGGACAGCUGUCUGUCCUGAUGGACACGCUGAUAAUGAAGAUUACACUCAGAGGAAUGUCUGACAGGAAGUCUGUUGACGCUCUGCUGACAGAAGAAGACAAAAUCCUCCGUCCCUGUCGCUCCUGCUGACGGACGGCAAAGACUUCAUCUGACAGGAAGUCUCCUCUUCAUCCUGCUCACUACUUCCUGUCAGCAGCAGAGAAGAAGAAGAAGAAGAAGAAGAAGAGGAGGAGGAGGAGGCGGAGGAGGCGUUUCUGCCUUUAAUUUUAUUUAAAUAUAUUUUCACUUCAUGACGACGGACAGUUCGGAGACGGUUCGUCAUGUUCAGUGUCAGAUAAAUAUGUGCGUUUGUUUCUGAACCUCUCAGCAGACGAGAGGUCAUUGAGGUUCCCCUGGCGGCCAUGUUGGGGCCUCAGCUUCUGUCCGCCUCCUUCGCCACCGCCGCCAUCUCCGCGCCUCCAUCCUAAAUCAACCUCAACUGAGGCUGUUUUUCCCAUGAAGGCCGUUUGAUUUGUUUUUCGACACGUGUUGUUGUGUUCAGAAGAGUUUGUUCUCGUCGGACUUCGUUUCUUCAUUGAUCAGCCAAUCAUGGCGGAGUCCAGCUCGGCGCCGGCUGCGGCGGCGGCAGAUCUGCUGAUUGAACUCAACAAAGAGGAGCCGUCUCUCCCCGCAGAGAGCGUCUCCAAAGAACUGAUCGUAACCACGACGACGGAGGGGUUGGAUGUUGUUGCUGAGGUACCGAGCAGCAACGGCGCCGCCCACAGUCCUCUUCCCGCCAAAGUCCUCGAGGAGGAGGAGGAGGCCACGCCCACGCCCCCCGAUUCUUCCUCGCUGUCGUCCGAAAACGGGACGAUAACCGCCAUCACCACAGAAGAAGAAUCUCUGUCGGCUCUCCUGAGACACAUCAAGAGUGAAGGAGGACGGGACAGAGCAGGAGAGCCAGGUCUGGACCUGGACCUGGAGGAGAGCUCGUCAGUGGCGACGGCGGGCGGCUCAGACGACCAGCGGGAGUCCACAGACUCGGCGUCGUUCUCCAUCCCCAGCCUGGAGCUGUCAGACGGGGUCACGGCCACAGGAAACUCCCUGGACGUGGAGGACGGCCUGUCCUCGUCCUACUCUGCUCUGGGCGUGGAGGGCGGGUCUCCGUCCACCGAGGUUCCCAGUCUGAAGGACGAGGAGACGCUGGAAGCUGCAGGGGGCGCUGCGGCUGCAGCUGCUCCUCCUGCCGUUGCUCCGGAGGCGGGGCCGUCCAUGCCGGCGUAUUACCUGGUGAAGUGGAUCACCUGGAAGGAGAAGAAGACGCCCAUCAUCACUCAGAGCGAGAACGGACCCUGCCCCCUGCUGGCCAUCAUGAACACGCUGUUUCUACGCUGGAAGGCUAAACUUCCUGCUCAGACUGAAGUCGUCACCACCGAGGACCUGAUGGCUCACCUGGGAGAGUGUGUGUUGUCUGUUACAUCCAGAGAGAAGGCCGACGGGAUGGAGCUCAACUUCCAGCAGAACAUGAGUGAUGCCAUGGCGGUGCUCCCGAAGCUGUCCACGGGUCUGGACGUUAAUGUGCGUUUCACCGGAGUGACGGACUUUGAGUACACACCUGAGUGUAUCGUGUUCGACCUGCUGGACAUCCCGCUUUACCACGGCUGGCUGGUCGACCCACAGAGUCCAGAGAUGGUGGCUUCUGUGGGGAAGCUGAGCUACAAUCAGCUGGUGGAGAAAAUCAUCGACUACAAACACUCAGCUGACAGCAGCAGAGUCAGC